AUGUACGUCAGCUAUCUCCUGGAUAAGGAAGGCAGCAUGUAUCCCAAUUCCGUGCGGCACCCCAGCUUGAACCUAAACCCCCAGAACUUUGCCCCCCCUCCUCCUCCUCCUCAGUAUUCCGACUUUGCCGGUUACCAUCACCACGUCUCUGGGAUCAGCGCCGACCCACACCACCCUCAGCCAACCGGCACCUGGAGCUCCCCUUACGUCCCACCGCGGGACGAAUGGCAUGGCUACAGCACCGGUGCCCCCGCCGUCACCUCCUCGCCGGGACAGCUGGCGUUCGGCCCCUCUGACUUUGCCCCUGUGCAGCCCCAGGGGGGAGCUGGCCUACUGCCUUCCAUGAGCACCAUGGUCCCCCAGCUCUCCCCCAGCUCCCCGAGGCGGAAUCCCUACGACUGGAUGAGACGUAAUCUUCAGCCGAACCCUCAAGCAGGCAAAACCAGAACGAAAGACAAGUACCGAGUGGUGUACACUGACCAUCAAAGGCUGGAGUUAGAGAAGGAAUUCCACUACAGCAGAUAUAUAACCAUCCGCAGGAAGUCUGAAUUGGCAGUCGCGUUAGGAUUGUCUGAACGACAGGUGAAGAUUUGGUUCCAGAACAGACGGGCAAAGGAGAGAAAAAUCAACAAGAAGAAGCAGCAGCAGCAGUCACAGCAAGCCAGCACGACAACACCUACACCACCAGUCCCCGUGGCUCCGACUGCCAUUGGAUUGGUUAGCAGCAGCAAUAACCUUGUCUCUCAGUCCAUCCCACUGACUAUCAAAGAGGAAUACUUGUCCUAA